AUGUCGCGGUCCUUGCGCACGCGCCCGCGACGCGCGCAGUGCGUUCGCUUCGCGCUAACGUUCUCGCUGGCGGUGUGCGCGGUGCUGGUGUGCGUCGCGGCGACGGAAUCGAUUUGGUUGAGUCAUGCGCCGAGCCUGUUUUACGUCCCGCCGUGGGUCCCGGCGCGCGCGGCGGCCGCGCUCGGGAUUCCCAUGGCCCGAGGACCACUGCCAUGGUACGGUCAGUUCGGCCAGGACGCGUGGGCGGCGAGCGCGCGAGGCGGCGGGGGCCGCGACGGGUUCUUUGUCGAGCUGGGCGCGCAAGACGGCGCGAAAACAUCGAACACGCGCGCGCUCGAGGAGCGCCUCGGAUGGCGUGGGGUGUGCAUCGAGGCGGAUCCGUUGAAUUUCAGGGUGCUGCGGUAUCAGAGACCGAUGUGCCGGACGGUGCGCGCGGCAGUGGGGGCGAAGAGUGGGACAAAAGUGUCGUUCGAGAGCGGCGGUUUGCGAGGCGCCGCGUUCGGAGGGUUCGGUGGCGCCACGGGAUUCGCACGAUAUCGGGGUCAGAGCGCGCCCUCGGGGACGAAGGUUGAGAUGGAAACGACGACGUUGACGGACGUGUUGCGCUCGGCUCGAGCGCCUGCGCUAAUAGAUUACCUCUCGUUGGAUGUCGAAGGCGCGGAGGUGGACGUGCUCGAAGGCUUGGACUCAAAUACAUACGUCAUUCGCGCCAUCUCCGUCGAACAUAAUUUCGAAGAGACGAAGCGCCAAAGAAUCUUCGAUCUGCUAUCCAGUCGCGGCUACGAUCGCGUCGCCGCGGGUGACCGGGCGUCGUGCCACGUCGACGCGCUCACCGGUCGGUGCGCACCAGCCUCGGGAGCUGAUAGAGCGGAUCCGUCUUUCAUCGCUUCGGCAAGGUCUUCCACUCCCACCGGUACAUCCGGAGCGUAUUCUGGUGAGGGUUGGUGCGCCUGCGUCGACGACUUUUACGUUCGAAGACCAUAG